GAUCUUUUUGUGUUACUGGAUUUAAUUGGUGCACGAAACCCUGUUUUUCCUGUUUACUUUUUGAACACAGCUCGAUGGUUUGGGAGACUUGAAGCAAUUGAACGAAGCCUUCAUGAUUUGGGAUUGUUAAAAAAUUAUUCUUCUGAGAGACAGUACUUCCGGAGUAAUUUACGUCGACAUCCAGUUGAGGAUGACCAUAUUCCAUUUUUGCGAAGAGGUGUCCCAAUCCUACACUUGAUACCAUCACCUUUCCCUCGAGUAUGGCACACUAUGGAGGAUAACGAAGAGAAUCUUGACAAGCCAACUAUUGACAACCUCAGCAAAAUUCUGCAAGUUUUUGUGCUGGAAUAUCUCAACCUGGGAUAACUGUUACCCUUAAAUUGAUACUCUGUUCUAAACAUUUAACCAGCCUCUUUUUAGGAUCCUUCCAAGAACAGAUACAGUAAUCAGAUCUCCUAUUUUAUGCCUUGCCCAUGACAAAAACUGAAAGAAAGAUUAUCCAUCCAGAUUUAAUAAUGCUAGUGAAGUUUUAAAAUUUAUUCCUAAGAAACAAUUACCGGGCAGUGUAAAAAGCUAAUUAUGCUGUUAUGAGAAGCAGGAUAAAAAAAAAUUCAAAAGAACACUUUUAAUUUAAUCCACUUUUUAAUUUAAGAAUUAAUAGGAAACCUUUACAUAUCUUAGAGAUUAACUUCUUUUUAUUAAUGUUUAAUAUCCAUAUUUCAUAAUUUUACUACAGCAAUGUUUAAAAGAAAAAGUACUAUUAAGUAUCUCAGGGUGAGAAUCUGAACACCUUUGGCCUACUAAUUCAAACAUGUGCAGAAGACAAGGGCUGGGGAAAAAAAACUCUAUGUGGCUUAUUUAUUGUACUGUAAUAUUCUGCUAAAUGAUUUCCAAGAUAUGGUUUGAGGUGCCAAUAUUGUUUUCUGUAGCUGUGAGUGCCAAUAAAAAACAGGGAGUGACUGUGCCUGGACUAUGGUUCUAAACCACGUAUGGAAAUCAUCAAUCCAUAUCAUAUUAAAUCAUGUUAAUUUACAUUACCUGAUUAAAGUUGUUUAUCUGAUGAUGAGUCAUCUCAGCACACCAUUAUCCCUUUAUUUAUUUAACAAUGACAUUCAAAUUUGCAAGUGAAUCAUAGAUGGGCAGUAGCUUAAACUGAAUCCACUAAAUAUAUAAACUCACCCUAAUAUUUUGAAUGAACAUAUUUUUAAGCUACAUUUAAGCAUUCCUGUCUCCUUCAUCUAGUGCAGGAGUGAAUAAACAUUCAUCCAUUCAUUGCAUUCCCUGAAGUCCCUCAGAAAACACUGCCCAAAAUGGCAGCAUGAUUCAACAGUUAAUUAUAUUUUUAAAUUAUGCCUUCAAAUUAGGUAUUGAUUCUUGCCAACUACCUAGACUAGCCCUGCACUUUUCAGACAGUCAACAUUUUCAGAAAAGGUUUACCCUUGCCUUGUUCCUAGGGCUGAGAGAGUGUGACUGGCCCAAGGUCACCCAGCUGACUUUGUGCCUAUGGUAAAACUAGAACUCAACAGUCCCCAAGUUUCUAAUCUGGUGCCUUAACCACUACAGCGAACUGGCUCUCCUAAUUAUAUAAAAAGGGUGCACUGAUAUUAAUACAGGGACAAAAAUUCCUCUUCAGUGAUUAUAUCAUAUCAGCACCAUGAGCUGGGAUUAAUCUGAGAACAUAAUAGUCAAUUUUAUAUCAGCUAUUGUGCCAUAUUGACAGUUAAUACAUCUUAAUUCCAAGACCUUAAUUCUACAAGCAUUGUUCAUCUAACAUCUUUCCAUAAGGACAGCCAGUAUGUGGUUCUGGCAGCAGCUUGACAUUGUCUUUCCCCCCAAAAAAACACUUUUUUUUUUUUUUUUGACAUACUAGGAAUUCAAUAUGGAAAGGAGGUUAUAUAAGGUAGCAUAAACACACUGUAGUUAAUGGGGUAGAUUCUGCACAUAUAUUGAACAAGAAGCAACUACCACUAAAACCAAGUCUUUAAGAUUAUAUUCUGCUCUUUCUGUUCCUGUAGUAGUUAUUAUAUAAAAUUGGGGGGGAGUGUUAGUUGAAAUAUACACAAUGAGGACAGUGCAUAGAAAGGAAGAAAUUACAUAAUUUUUAUGAGCUGUACAACAAUUGUAUAUCAGGGAAGGAGAAACUAUUCAUAUUGGAACAACAUUUAAAUAUAACUUUGGACAGUAGGAAUUCUUGUGCAUCAUGGCAGAUUUAAAUGUGUCAGAGCUAGAAUAUACAAGAAUGGUUGAACUGUUAUAUAGAUAAGAUAAAAAGCACACACAGGUACAGUUUUCUCUUUUUAAUUUUAUUGAUUGCAGUGCAUCCAACGUACAUUAUGUUCAGUGAAAAUAAACUGAUCACUUUCUUACAGUACGAGGCUAUUAUUUUAAUUUUUAAAAACUGAUUUAAGUAGUUGCUAGAAAGAGAGCACCACUAUAAAUAGCCACGUAUCAUUGUUCAAUAAAAUACAUCUGUGUAAUUGGUGAUGAUUUUCCUUCUUUGCUUAAUUUCUUGGAAUUAUACUGGAUUGUCAGCCACAAUUUCUUUUAAAGAAUUAUUUACCAUUACAAGUAAUAUCUGUUUUCAGUUUAAUCCAUAUAGUGGUGCUUAAAAGUUUGUGAACCCUUUUGAAUUUUCAGUAUUUCUGCAUAAAUAUGAC